GGGGGAGAGUCAAGCCGUUGCACCGUCCCUCGGAUAAACCCUCUUUAAUUUAAAUAAAAAGUUGAGAACGCAAUGGUCAAUUCUUCCAAAGCCAUGAGGGCUCCCCUCGGGCUUCUGCUCUCUGGAGCUCUUCGGGGGUGGUUGAACCCGGGGAUCUAGGGGACGCGAGAGGUGAGGGAAUCCGGAACGAUUCCUUCACGGAACCAUUGAGGCGAGUCCGCGAAGAGCCCGGUGAGGAACGGGCCACUGCGGGCCCGGCCAGACUGGCUGGGAUGGCGGCGGAGGCGGGUUCUGGGGCUGCUGUCCCUGUGGAGCUCCGGCGCGAGCGGCGCAUGGUGUGCGUGGAGUACCCGGGCGUGGUGCGCGACGUGUCCAAGAUGCUGCCGACUCUGGGCGGCGAGGAAGGCGUCUCCCGGAUCUACGCAGAUCCCACCAAGAGGUUGGAGCUGUACUUCCGGCCCAAGGACCCCUACUGCCAUCCCGUAUGCGCCAACCGCUUCAGUACCAGCAGCCUGCUGCUCCGGAUCAGGAAGAAGACAAAGCGACAGAGGGGGUUACCAGGGGCUGAGGCCCGCUCUGAGGCCACAUUUGAGAUGGAGAUCCUUGGUGUCAUCUCCACCAUUUACAAAUUUCAGGGAAUGUCUGACUUCCAGUACUUGGCUGUGCACACGGAAGCAGGUGGCAGGCACACAUCGAUGUAUGACAAAGUGCUCAUGCUCAAGCCUGAGAAGGAGGAUUUCUUCAACCAGGAGCUGCCGCUCUACAUCCCGCCACCAAUCUUCUCCCGGCUGGAUACCCCGGUAGACUACUUCUACCGACCAGAGACACAGCACCGGGAAGGCUACAACAACCCUCCCAUCUCGGGCGAGAACCUGAUUGGUCUGAGCAGGGCUCGGCGCCCCCACAACGCCAUCUUUGUCAACUUUGAGGAGGACGAGGUGCCUGUGCAGCCGCUGGAGGCUGCGGUCCAGAUGUGGAAGAAAGUCUGCACCAACCCCGUGGACCGGAAGGUGGAGGAGGAGCUGAGAAAGCUGUUUGACAUCCGUCCCAUCUGGUCACGUAACGCUGUCAAGGCCAACAUCAGCGUCCAUCCUGACAAGCUCAAGGUCCUGCUUCCCUUCAUGGCCUAUUAUAUGAUAACAGGCCCGUGGAGAAGCCUGUGGAUUCGAUAUGGAUAUGAUCCCCGGAAAAACCCAGAUGCCAAGAUUUAUCAAGUUCUUGAUUUCCGAAUCCGUUGUGGAAUGAAGUAUGGUUAUGCCCCCAACGACAUGCCUGUCAAGGCAAAACGCAGCACCUACAACUACAGCCUGCCCAUCACUGUCAAAAAGACACCCAGUCAGCUUGUCACCAUGCACGACCUGAAGCAGGGCCUGGGUCAUUCAGGAACAGCCGGUGCUCGGAAAUCAACCUCCAACAAGUACAAGCUCAAGGACUCGGUCUAUAUCUUCCGGGAGGGGGCCCUGCCGCCUUAUCGACAGAUGUUCUAUCAGUUAUGCGAUUUGAAUGUGGAAGAGUUGCAGAAGGUCAUUCACCGCAAUGACGGGGCAGAGGAUUCCUGCACAGAACGGGAUGGGUGGUGCCUCCCCAAGACCAGCGAUGAUCUGCGGGAUGCCAUGUCUCUCAUGAUCAGGCAGACCAUUCGCUCCAAGAGGCCUGCUCUCUUCUCCAGCCCUGCCACGGCUGAUGGUGGGAAAGAGCAGCUGACAUAUGAGUCCGGGGAAGACGAGGAGGAGGAGGAGGAAGAGGAGGAGGACUUCAAGCCGUCGGACGGAAGUGAGAAUGAAAUGGAGACAGAGAUUCUGGACUAUGUGUAAUGAGCUCUGGGCUCAAGCCUGGGGGCUCCCUGACUGGGUGAGAGUGGUGUCCAGGCCUGAUGUGGAAGCCAGGGCAAGCCAUGGGUGCACAGUGCCGCCCACAGUAGCCAAAUGGCUCUGGGAUGCCCUCUGAGGAGAGCUGGGAUCAUCAGUGGAUGCACCUGUCUCUCAUGUCCUUGCCAUGACCUGAUGCUUGGUGCUGCCUUCGGACAUCCCCGAAAGAUUGUGCCCUAGCUCAGCACACCAUGAACCAACCAGCCCAUCGUCCAGCUGGCUGAGCCAGCUGAGACCAGCGAAAGCUGGAGGUAGAGAUGGUCCAGAGAGGGGAGGGUCUAGUCUUGUCUUGGGUCCUCUGACUCGGGUGGCAGAGAUGAUAUGCAGAGCCUGGUCCAUGAUGACAGAUGGUCAAAAACUGCCCUUGGUUUUGGACCUCAUCCAUUUGUAGCCUUGGGGUAGCUUUGGCAAAGGCCAGGCCCAGCUGGACUUGUCCUUAUUAAAUAAAUUUUCCCUAGAAGUC